GACACUUCAGGAAUAUGAAUCGUUUCAUUCUCUUUGUGUUCCUGCAUAGUAAUCCUGUGAUUAGUAAGAGCUAAAGUCUAUGUAAUAUUGCUUUACCUCAGUUCUUCGCUUUGGCUCAUAUGAGCUGCACUUCACAGGACAGAACGAUGGCAUCUGUGAACUUUGAAGAAUUUUCAGUACCUCCAGGAUCUGAGCUAGCUCUUCCUCCACUGUUUGGGGGAAACAUCUUAGAGAGUGAGCUAGAAACAGAAGUUGAGUUUGUCGAUGGCGGCCUCAGUGGAGAUAAUCUUCAAGAUGAGGAAGAAGAGGAAGCUCAGCAGCGGCAAAGAGAGCUGAACAAGCGGAAGUUCCUAGCACUGAACCGGCGAUGCAAGGAAAUUGAACAGGUAAAUGAGCGGCUUCUCAACAGGCUCCACCAGGUUCAAAAGAUAACACAAAGGCUGAAGAAAGAAAGAAGAUGCUUGAUGAAGGUCUUGGAUGAUUAUGGAGAUGAUUACAGACAAAGCCAUCUCACCCUUUUACUUGAGGAUGAAGGGAAUCGUCUUUGCAGCACACCAACUCCUGUGAAUUCUGAGAAUGAACCCACAGAAAACGAGGAGCUUGCCCUAGCUCAGCAUUGCCUACCAGGAGGGCCCCUUGACCUGGAACCUAUGAGCCCAGAAAGCCCAUCUCUGGCAGAGGGGCCUCCAGCCAAAAAGAGGAAAAAGAACAAGGAGGAGAAAGAUCAGAUUGGAAAAAAGAUUACCUCACCUCUACUCCCUACAGAACCUCUUCUAGCUCAGGUAAAGAUUGAAGAGGACUAUUUGUGUGAGGGUGACGAGCUUCCUCUCAGCUGGCAGCCUCUCAGUCCACGUGACAAGAUACUUCAUUACACAAAGUUUUCCAGCCCUGGACAAUGCUCGGAUUUUGAAUAAUAUUCUACCUGUGGAAAAAGUAAUUUAAAAUUUGUUUAAAUUUUGUGCUUCCUGGAAAAAAAUAUGAAUAAUUUGAAUAGGACUAUAAUUAACAUAAGAUUUGAGACUGUCGUCCAUGAAUAUUUUCUACACAGUAUACAGAAGUACAGUACCUCCGUUUUAAAUGCAGACACGUAAACAGCAUCAAGAUGGAAUAUACCAUAUUUUACAAUGUGUCUUGAUACACAAUAAUGUGAAAGUUUUUUUAUAUAUCAGUCUUUCAACCCCAUCUCCUGCAAUCUGUGGUUAAGACUGUACAACAUACUAAUGCUAAUAUUUAUUUUUAUUUAACCAUAUAGAGAGUGACAUAAAAAGUUUGGCUACAGUCACUGGCCAAGAACCUAAAGUAAGAUUACAAAAAUGAGGCAAACUUAUUUCACAAUGGGGGAAUUGAAAGUAACUUUUAAAAUGUAAAGGGAUGUUAAACUCCAAAUCUAAUUUCCAAAACAAUUGUUCCAUUAAUGUGUAAAAAAAAUGUUUCCAGUUUCCUAAACUCUGGCUCUGGAACAUACAACACAGUGAGUGCAGUAGCUCAUUUAUAUAUGUCCCCAAUUGGGCACAGCAGUGGAGAUAAUACUCCAGAUGCUUUUUUAAAGGGGUGUGUCCCUGGAUUGCUACAAAAUGCAAAUUCUGCUAACUUGACGGUUUUUACUGCUUUUAAAAUAUAAUUUAUUUUACAAGCAGUUUGUUUGCAAUCCAGUGCUUAAAUCUUGCUUUCUUUACCAGAACCAUGGCGAUUCCGGCUUCCUCCAAUUGUUGUGUGCCCCCUUUGGCGUCCAGCUCGUGGGGAAACGCAACGAUUGGAGGAAGCCGGAUCAUCAUUGAUAUGCUAAUGAAAGCAGGAGAUGCGGGCAGAGGAUCAGCGUUAUGUUUAUCAUAACGUUAAAGGGCCACUAAACCCAAAAUCUUUCUUUCAUGAUUCGGAUAGAGAAUGGAAAUUUAAAAAACAUUACAAUUUACUUCUAUUAUUUAUUUUGCUUCAUUUUUAAGAUAUCCUUAGUUGAAUAAAAAGCAAUGUACAUGGUGAGCCAAUCACACGAGGCUUCUAUGUGCAGCAACCAAUCAGCAGCUACUGAGCAUAUCUAGAUAUGCUUUUCAGCAAAGAAUAUCAAGAGAAUAAAACAAAUUAGAUAAUAGAAGUAAAUUAGAAAGAUGUUUAAAAUUGCAUUUUCUUUCUAAAUCAUGAAAGAAAAAAUGUGGGUUUCAUAUCCCUUUUAAGGUAAGUAUUUUUAAAAAUAAGCAUUUUUGUAAACUUUAAUGAAUUAAAGUGCCCCUGUUUUUAAGAGUAUUUUUUGAUACUGGCCUUCAAUUCAUUAAAGUUUACAUUCAUUUUGUGUAUAUACAGUAUAUAUUAGGCAUAGAAAUAAAAGUAACCCCUUUAAAACACCUACCGUUGUUUAGGCAGCCAUGGAUUCAUUACGUUAAUUUAACCUGUAAUACGUCAUUUUCUACUGUUUAACCAGCCCUUAAAACUGGGCCUGUACCAGUGAUUAAAACCACCAUUCUACAGUCAA